UGCGCACUCCAUUUUUUUCUCGAUCUACAGCUUACAAUUUGGUUCAUGAUCUGUCUUGAUUUGAAUUUAAUUGGGUUAUUGUGUUUUUUUGGCUGUUAAUUUAUGUGGAAUUUUGUUGUCGUGUAGAAUUUCAGGUGCGUGUGAUAUUUUGUUAUGAAUUUGAAUUUGCACUGAAUUAUUCGAUCACAUUAUUUGCUUGGUUUAAAUGAUUAAUAGUAGCGUUUCGAUCUACAGCUUAUGCGUUGGUUCGUGAUCUGUCGAAAUAUGAAUUUAAUUGGUUGAUCGUGCUUUUUUUGGCUGUUAAUUUAUGUAGAAUUUGUUCUGUCGUGUAGAAUUUCAGGUGCGUGUGUUAUUUUGUUAUGAAUUUUGAAUUUGAACUGAAUUAUUCGAUCACAUUAUUUGUUUGGUUUAAAUGAUAUUUGGAAGCAUUUCGGCAAAUUAGGCUCAUUCUAGAUCCAAAUUGCAAGGUUUUAAGAAUAUCAAAACUAUUUCAGUUUUUUCUAGAUCCAUUCUGUGAAAUAUGAAUGACAACUUGAUGGAGAAAGUCAGCGCUUUUGGUGAGCGAUUAAUGAUUGGGGGAUCUGAGGUGGGGCAGAAGAUCACUGCGGGAGUGAGCUCUGUUAGUUUCAAGAUGAAGGAGUUCUUCCAAGGUCCGAACCAGACUGAUCAGCUCGUCGAGGAAGCAACUGCUGAAACUCUUGACGAGCCUGAUUGGGCUACGAAUCUCGAACUUUGUGACAGGAUCAAUCAUGAGAGGGUCAGCAGUGUUGAGUUGAUCAGGGGGAUAAAGAAGCGGAUCGUGCUGAAAAGCCCUAGGAUUCAGUAUUUGGCCCUUGUGUUGCUGGAAACUGUUGCGAAGAAUUGUGAGAAGGCGUUCUCGGAGAUUGCGGCCGUGAGGGUCCUGGAUGAGAUGGUGAAGCUGAUUGAUGAUUCACAAACUUUGGUCAACAACCGCAAUAAGGCUCUGAUGUUAAUUGAGUCAUGGGGAGAGUCCAGUAAUGAACUUCUUUAUUUGCCUGUUUAUGAAGAAACGUAUAAGAGUCUAAAAUCCAGAGGAGUUCGGUUCCCUGCUCGUGAUGAAGAGAGUCUAGCUCCAAUAUUUACUCCGGAAAGAUCUGUGGAAGCAACGGAGCCUAGCGCCACACUGGGACAGCAACUCCGUUAUCAUAUUCCUGUCCAGAGCUUUUCUGCUGAACAGAUAAAGGAAGCAUUGGACGUGGCAAGAAACAGUAUCGAGCUUCUAAGCACCGUUUUAUCAUCUUCCACUCAGCAAGAUGCUAUUGAGGAUGAAUUGGCCACCACCCUUUUACACCAAUGCCGAGAGUCCCGUUACACUGUUCAGAGAAUCAUCGAGACAGGUGGCGACAACGAGGCAGUGCUCUUUGAAGCGCUGAAUGUGAACGAUGAGAUUCAAAAAGUUCUGUCCAAAUACGAAGAGAUGAAGACGCCCUCAGGGUCGCCAAAGGGGCCGGAGCCCGCCAUGAUCCCCAUCGCUGUUGAGCCCGACCAUUCACCUGCUGCCGGCAGCGAAGAAUCCCUUGUCAGAAAGCCUCCAUCAGGCAGCAAUGACGAGGUGAUGGACGAUCUCGACGAGAUGAUCUUCGGCCAGAAGUCCGGCAGCGGACAAGAUGCGAAGGAACAGCAGCCACCCAAGGAAGAUCUCAUCUCCUUGUGAUUUGGAUCACUUAAAACAUGAUUGAUAUAUUGAGCUUGUUGAUACUUUUGACAUCUGAAAUAAUUUUUUAACUGUUCUAAA